UGCUUGAUAAAUCAAAGAUGGUCCGUAAAUAGGACAAAAGCAUUGAAGCUCAUCAGAAUCUGAUCCCAACAGUUUACAGAGAUCUAUACAAGGACAUACCUCUAGAAUUUGCAGGAGUGAAUCCAAUUCUGUACCAUGACUAAUGUACUUCUUCUAGUUCACCCAUUAUUCAACUAAAAUUGUGGCCUCAACAUUUCUCUUAAAACACUCUUAUUAUUCUUGUUCAGUAUAGCAAAGAGCACAAGCAAAAAGCCAAUAUCUCAUCAAGCCUGAGUUUUUGAUCCAGAGGGUAAGAAUUCUCGCUCUCAUUAGUCAUGUUCUAGCAGAAAAGGUGCUCACUUGUCUUCUAUAGCUGUCGUUUCCGGGUUAUUCAUCCUUUUUUAUUGUGGAUACUGCUGAGUGAAAAAUUUGUAAAUGGUUCACAUCAGUCGUUUGCAAUAUUAGAAUUCCAAUCGCUAUAAGAAGUGUCCUUUUCAGGCAGAAAUAUACAUUGGAAAUUCACGUUUUGCUCCAUGUUUUAAUUCCAAGGCAUUCGAACAGCUGAUCUCCUACUAUUUAUUGCCAUCCUAUAGCUUAAGCAUCUCCCAACCAUCCAUAAAGUGGGAUUUCGCUUUUCUCUAGUUUCCUGUCUAUGUAGGCAAACUUUAGCUUGAGACACAUAAAACACAACGGUGAGCUACGUUUUGACGGGUGAAAUGGACACGAUAAGAGGCAACAUAGUUGCAGGAUUACAACGGAGCAGCUCUGCAUGGAAAGAAGGCAGCAUGAGAGACUUCUCACGGUCAUCUAGAGAGGAGGAUGAUGAAGAAGCACUUAAGUGGGCAGCUCUUGAGAAGCUGCCCACUUAUAACCGUAUCAGGAAAGGGAUACUGAAAGGGUCCAGAGGUGAGAGGGAGGCAGUCGAUAUCGAGACCCUCGGAUUCCAUGAAAGGAAGAAGCUGGUGGAGCGGCUCAUAGGAACAGCAGAGGAUGAUAAUGAGAGAUUCUUGAUGAAACUCAAGAAUCGAUUAGAUCGGGUUGGGAUUGAAAAUCCAACAAUAGAAGUGCGAUUUGAGAAUUUGGAAAUCAAUGCAGAAGCUUAUGUUGGAAACAGAGGCAUGCCUACAAUUCUGAACUUCUUCCUUAAUAAAGUUGAGGGGUUCCUCAACUACCUUUAUAUUCUACCGAGUAGAAAGAUACCGACAACCAUCCUACAUAGUAUCAGUGGGAUUAUCAAGCCAAGCAGAAUGACCUUGCUCUUAGGCCCUCCAGGAUCUGGAAAGACUACCUUACUGUUGGCUUUAGCAGGAAAACUUCCUUCAGAACUAAAGGUUUCUGGAAGAGUUACUUACAAUGGACAUUUGAUGAAUGAGUUUAUUCCGCAAAGAACCUCAGCAUAUAUAAGCCAGCAUGAUCUGCAUAUAGGAGAAAUGACUGUCAGAGAAACAUUGGCCUUCUCAGCAAGAUGCCAGGGGGUUGGAACCCGUUAUGAUAUGUUGACUGAGCUAGCAAGAAGAGAGAAGGCAGCAAACAUCAAGCCCGAUCCUGAUAUUGACAUCUUUAUGAAGGCAGCAUCCCUGGGUGGACAAGAAGGAGUUGUCACGGACUAUAUUCUGAAGAUUUUAGGAUUAGAUGUUUGUGCUGACACCAUGGUAGGGGAUGCAAUGUUGAGAGGAAUCUCUGGAGGACAAAAAAAGAGAGUAACAACAGGUGAAAUGCUUGUUGGACCAUCUAGGGUUUUGUUCAUGGAUGAGAUAUCGACAGGCUUGGAUAGUUCUACAACUUACCAGAUAGUCAACUCACUAAGACAGUCAAACCACAUCCUAGGUGGGACCGCAUUGAUAGCUUUGCUUCAGCCAGCACCUGAGACUUAUGAGCUUUUCGAUGACAUAAUUCUACUCUCAGAAGGGCAGAUUGUAUAUCAAGGCCCCCGCGCACAUGUUCUUGAGUUUUUUGAAUCCAUGGGCUUUAGAUGCCCUGAGAGGAAAGGCGUUGCCGACUUCCUGCAAGAAGUUACAUCGAGAAAAGAUCAGCAACAGUAUUGGGCACGAAGAGAUGAGCCAUACCGCUUUGUUCCUGUCAAAGAAUUCUCAGAUGCAUUUCAGUCAUUCCACGUGGGACGUAGGUUGGGAGAGGAACUCUCCACCCCUUUUGACAAGAGCAAGAACCACCCUGCUGCUUUGACAACUUCUAAGUAUGGCAUAGCAAAGAAGGAAUUGUUGAAAGCUUGCUUUGCUAGGGAGUAUUUGUUGAUGAAGAGAAACUCUUUCGUCUACAUCUUCAAACUAUUCCAGCUCACACUAAUUGCCCUCAUUGCAAUGACUGUAUUCUUCCGAACCAAGAUGCACCAUCGUUCAGUAAGUGAUGGGCUAAUAUACAUGGGUGCUUUGUUUAUCGGACUCAUUACGCAUACGUUUAAUGGGAUGGCAGAACUGCCAUUGAGCACUAAGAAGCUUCCAGUCUUCUACAAACAAAGAGAUCUCCUUUUCUUCCCAGCAUGGGCUUAUGCACUGCCAACGUGGAUACUGAAGAUCCCAAUAUCAUUUGUGGAAUGCGGUCUCUAUGUUGUCGUGACGUACUAUGUUAUUGGCUUUGACCCAAGUGCCAAAAGGAUGUUUAGACAGUUCUUUCUAUUUUCACUGGUUAGCCAAAUGGCUUCGGGUCUAUUCAGGCUCCUAGCAGCAUGUGGUAGAGAUAUGGUUGUGGCAAACACCUUUGGCUCUUUCGCUGAAAUGGUGCUCGUAGUGCUUGGUGGUUUCGUCAUAUCAAGAAAGGAUAUCAAGAAGUGGUGGAAAUGGGGUUAUUGGUCUUCACCCUUAAUGUACGCACAGAACGCAAUAGCUGUAAACGAGUUCCUAGGCAGUAAAUGGAGACAUGUUGUUAAUACAACUACCAGCAUGGAUUUCUUGGGAGUCCAAGUUUUAGAGUCCCGUGGUAUAUUUGCUCAAGCAAAAUGGUUUUGGAUUGGUGUGGCAGGGCUGCUUGGAUUUAUUGUGGUUUUCAAUAUCUUUUAUAUAGCUGCACUAACCUUUCUUGACCCAAUUGGGAAAGGCCAGAUAGUCAUUUCUAUGGAGGAAUUGAAGGAGAAACAAGCAAAUAGAGUAGACAAUGUUGAACUCUCCCGACAUGAAAGAAGCAGUGAGAUGACGAGAACUACUGAAAUUAGCAAUGACAAUGAGCCUCGUGCAAAUAAAAAGAAGGGCAUGGUGCUUCCUUUUGCUCCACUCUCAAUAACCUUUGAGAAUGUCAAGUAUUCCGUCGACAUGCCACAGGAAAUGAAAGCUCAAGGGGUUACAGAAAACAGGUUACUCCUUCUCAAGGGUGUAAGUGGAGCGUUCAGGCCCGGUGUUCUUACUGCACUAAUGGGUGUAAGUGGAGCGGGUAAGACAACUCUAAUGGACGUAUUGGCGGGAAGAAAAACCGGGGGAUAUAUAGAGGGGAAUAUUACUAUAUCUGGCUAUCCAAAAAAACAAGAAACUUUUGCAAGGAUAUCGGGAUACUGCGAGCAGAAUGACAUACACUCACCCAACGUGACAGUCUACGAGUCCCUCGUCUAUUCUGCAUGGCUUCGAUUACCAAGUGAUGUAGACUCCAAAACAAGAAAGAUGUUCAUUGAAGAGGUUAUGGAACUAGUUGAGCUGACGACACUGCGUGGAGCAUUAGUUGGUUUGCCUGGUGUGAACGGACUUUCAACCGAACAAAGGAAGAGACUGACAAUUGCUGUUGAGCUUGUAGCAAAUCCUUCAAUAAUAUUCAUGGAUGAGCCUACUUCAGGUUUAGAUGCUAGGGCAGCAGCAAUAGUGAUGAGAACAGUUAGAAACACGGUAGACACUGGAAGAACAGUUGUCUGCACAAUUCACCAACCCAGCAUUGACAUCUUUGAGGCAUUUGAUGAGCUCUUCCUUAUGAAAAGAGGCGGCGAGGAAAUAUAUGUAGGCCCUCUUGGACGCAACUCCUGUUAUCUAAUUGAGUACUUUGAGCGUGUUCCUGGAGUUCAAAAGAUAAAAGAUGGCUAUAAUCCAGCAACGUGGAUGUUGGAAGUCACAACCAUAGCACAAGAAGAAGUCUUGGGGGUUAAUUUUGCUGAACUAUACAAGAACUCAGAUCUAUACAGGAGAAACAAAGCAUUGAUUGCCGAACUCAGUAAACCUCCGCCAGGUUCAAAGGACCUUUACUUCCCUACACAAUAUUCACAGAGCUUCCUUACUCAAUGCAUUGCUUGCUUCUGGAAACAAUAUAACUCAUAUUGGCGGAAUCCAUCAUAUAACGCCAUACGCUUCGUCUUCACGAUAUUUAUUGCCCUAAUAUUUGGGACAAUUUUCUGGCGGCUAGGUUCUAAGACGACAACUCAACAGGAGCUAUUCAAUGCCAUGGGUUCAAUGUAUGCAGCAGUUAUGUUCAUGGGGGUUCAAAAUGCUCAAACUGUCCAGCCUGUUGUGGAUGUAGAAAGGAGUGUAUUUUACAGAGAAAGGGCUGCAGGAAUGUAUUCUGCUUUACCAUAUGCAUAUGCACAGGUUGCAAUUGAGAUACCGUAUACGUUGGCCCAGUCAGUUCUAUACAGUGUCAUGGUGUACAGCAUGAUAAAGUUUGACUGGACAGCUGCAAAGUUCUUUUGGUACAUUUUCUUCAUGUUCUUCACACUUCUGUACUUCACGUACUAUGGGAUGAUGGCAGUGGCAUUGACGCCUAACGCACAAAUCGCUUCAAUAGUUUCCACCGCGUUUUAUGCAAUAUGGAACAUCUUUGCAAGCUUCGUGAUUCCUCGUCCUAGGUUGCCCAUAUGGUGGAGAUGGUAUUUUUGGGCAUGCCCAGUAUCAUGGACACUAUAUGGCCUAUUGGCUUCACAGUUUGGAGAUGUGGAGGAUAUCAUGGACAGUGGGGAAACAGUAAAGGAAUUUCUAAGGAGCUAUUUCGGAUACAAACAUGACUUCUUGGGAGCAGUUGCCGCUGCAAUGGUCGGGUUCUCAGUGCUCUUUGCCGUUGUUUUUGCGUUUGGAAUUAAGGUGCUGAACUUCCAGAAGAGAUGAGGGUUCUCACUUCUCAGUGACAGUGGGUCACCGUGUCGUAACAAACUUAAGACCAUAAGCAAAGAGAGAUAGCUUGCUUAAGCAUAGCAAUCCUAUUAAAACGUUUGAAUCCCAACUUUCUUUAGUCCUAUGCUUUUUACUAUGUUGUUUUGGGAGUUCAUAAGUCGUUAUACUAAAUUUUAAAUGGUUAAAUAGUAUGUUUGGAUUGCUUAUUGCAGUGGUUAGUGAUAUCCUUUGUUGCAUAGUAAUAAGCAUUUUUAACGGUUAUU